CCUAUGGUUUUCUGUCCGAAGGGGGUGAAGCAACCUGAGUCCAGGGUGUCAUCAUUCGGAUUGGAAGUGGUCUGUGUGGCGGGUUUCUUCCUGUAUUUAUUGAAGGACUUUCUUCUCGGAUGUGCACUUCUGAUCUGACACUUGUGCCCAUGCUCCAUUUCCACACCUCAGCUGCCAAUAACCACUCAAGAGGAAGAAGAUGAUUUUCACAGCCGGUUCAAUCCUGUCACCACAAAGAUCGUGCAAAAACCUCCCGAAGAUGUGUCUUCAAAUCUGCAUAUGGCUUUCUUUGGCACUUACUUCAAUAGUUGACGCUGUGGACUGCAAAAACAUCAUAUGUUCACUUGGCCAGCAGGUCAUUCUGCCAUGUAAUGCUCCUGGAAAUAUGGUAGUCCUCGCCAUGCAGUGGUCCAGACGUGACCUGAAAGAAUACGUGCUGCACUAUCGUGAUGACCAACUUGAUCCAGACGACCAGGAUCCGUCUUAUACGGGCCGGGUAAAAAUGACCAAUACCCACAUGCAGAAUGGGGAUUUCUCAAUGAUACUGAUGAACAUGACGACUGCUGACAUUGGAACAUACGAGUGUAUAGCCUUCCAGAGAAGACCAGGGAUGGACUCUGAAAUCCUCAGCAUCGUAAACCUGAAUGUCAGUCAGUCAGAUGAAGGAAGCAGGAAUGGAGUCAGCCGUGGCGCAGCUACAGGAAGAAACCAUCUUGGUCUCAUUGUGUCACUGUCAGUUAUUCAGGGAUCAUUCUGGUGGCUGGUAUUCUCUUAAUCUAUAUUAGGUGCCAAACUAACAUUGGAUCCUCAGCUUCCCCCCACUAUGAAAUGACAUCAACAUCUCAGCAUGUCUAAAUUAGAAAGACCCUCAAAUUUAUUCCAAACAUCUAAAACUUAAAAUGACAGUUAAACUGUUAGCAGUCGGACGUACCGCCCACGGGACAUUGGAUGGUUUAGGGGACUAAUAGGACUGC